UUGUGACUUGAACUUUAACUUCACAGAGUGCAGUCCGCCAUGUUUUCUUGUUUUUUUUUUUUUUCUCCUCCUGGAGACUCGUGACAUGAGGAAGUGGGCCCACCUGACUGCACCGCUGCACAGGUGAGGGAGUGGCCAGCUGCGAGAGAGCGAGACGCGAGCUGUCAGGCCCCGAGCUCCCCGGGAGGAAUACCGCUUUGUGUCCAGCUGGGGGGUUUUUUGUCGGUUCUUUGGGGGAAGGAAUUCGAUCAGAAUCAGGAUGAUUUGGAUAUGAUGGUGCCGACACAACCGUGACGAUGUAUGAGGUGAUGUCCGGAGACACCCUGGGCUGGAAGGUGCCCAGUCCAAGAGAAAGUAGGAUAGAGUCCUCCGAACUGAACUUCACCGGGGACGAAGGGUCCGUCAAGAUCCUCAAAGUGUGCUUCUGCACCAACAACAACUUGGGCAAGAACUUCAAGCUGGUGAAAUGUGACAGCUCCUGGCAAAUUAGGGCCAUUAUUCGUUCGAUUCUGAUCAGCGGUCGACUGGGGCCAAACAUCCAACACGCAGGAUGCUACGGUCUCCUGCUGACGCACCUGAAGUCAGAAGAGCUUCACUGGCUGCAUCCAGACCUGACAGUCGGAGAGGUGGAGCAACGCUACGAGAGCCAUCAUGUGGAAGCUGAAUGGAGGUACGACCUUCGUAUCCGAUACGUUCCCGUCAACUUCCUGGAAAAAUUCAAAGACGACAGAUCUACCUUAGUGUAUUUUUACCAACAGGUGCGCAAUGAUUACAUGCAGUAUCACGCCAGUAAGGUCAGUGAUGGGAUGGCGCUGCAGCUCGGCUGUUUGGAGAUCAGGAGGUUCUACAAAGACAUGAACGCAAAAGGUCUAGAGAAGAAGUCCAACUUUGAGCUGCUAGAAAAAGAAGUGGGCCUGAACCUUUUCUUUCCUCGACAGCUCAUUGACAGCAUGAAGUCACGGCAGCUACGGAAGUUGAUCCAGCAAACGUUUCAGCAGUACGCGACACUGAAGGAGGACGACUGCAUGGUCAGGUUUUUUGAGACCCUCAAAGACUUCAACAGUUACGACGAGGAGGUUUUCCCCUGCGAGCUCGUGCAAGGUUGGAGUCUGUCGGUGGAGCUGGUCAUCGGUGGGAGGGGAAUUCGCCAACGCACACAGAAGAAUUCAGCGCCUGUGUUUCUAGCCGACUUCAAACAGAUCAAGAGGGUACAGUGUUUGUCUCAGAGCGACGGCAAGGCUCUCCUUAACAUGGACGUGGAGGGGGCCAGACAACGCCUAUCGAUCAAUGUGGCGACGGUCCCCAUGGCGGAGAACAUGAUGGACCUGAUUGAUGGGUACUGUCGGAUGGAGAACGACACAGACGACAGUGUAAUCUACAGACCAGACAAAGAUGCCAACUCACGGACUGCCCUCCCUGAGAUCCCCACAAGCAGAGACAGAGACACGGUCAGACACAGCGUUGGGUCGGAUAUCUAUUGUGAGAUUCUGGAUGAAAGGCCAAGAUCAGUUGUUAAGUACGGGAUCGACCGAAGUGACAUUGAGCUGGGACGAAUCCUCGGUGAGGGCUUUUUCGGGGAAGUCUACGAAGGAAUUUACAAAAAAAAUAAUGGCGGCAGAGUUAAUGUGGCGGUGAAGACCUGCAAAGACUGCUCACCUGACGUGAUGGAGAAGUUCAUGAGUGAAGCAGUGAUCAUGAAGAACCUCGAUCACCAGCACAUCGUCAAGCUGAUUGGGAUCAUCGAGGACGAUCCCGUGUGGAUCGUCAUGGAGCUCUAUCAGUACGGGGAGCUGGGGAACUACCUGACACAGAACCAGAGCAAACUGACAAACACAACUCUGGUGCUGUUCAGCCUGCAGAUCUGCAAAGCUCUUGUCUACCUCGAAGGGGUCAACAUGGUGCACAGAGACAUUGCGGUUCGGAACGUGUUAGUUGCCAGUCCAGACUGCGUGAAGCUCGGAGACUUCGGCCUAUCGAGAUACAUCGAGGAUGAAGAAUAUUACAAAGCGUCUGUUACUCGGUUGCCGAUCAAGUGGAUGGCACCAGAAUCCAUCAACUUCCGACGCUUCACCUCAGCCAGCGACGUCUGGAUGUUUGCCGUGUGCAUGUGGGAGAUAAUGAGCUGCGGGCAGCAGCCGUUUUUCUGGCUCGAGAACAGAGACGUGAUCAACCAACUGGAGCAGGGAAUCAGGCUGCCCAAACCAGACAACUGCCCUCCUGCCCUCUACUCACUCAUGACCCGCUGCUGGUCCUACGACCCCAGGGAGAGACCCAACUUCACCGAGCUGGUGGUCAAGAUCAGCGAUGUCCACAAGAUGGAGAAGGAGCAGGAAGUGGAGCGAGAGAGGGACAGAGCGCGCUCCACCAAAUUCUUCGACCCCAAGUUCAACUUUAGCGAGCCUCCUCCCAAGCCUUCAAGAAUGAAACCGGGGCGCUUUGGGAACACGCUCAGUAUCGGGCUGCACAUUCAGCUGAACGAGGCGUUGUGUGCCAGCUCGCCUGACCUGGCCAGCCCGUGUGAAUAUCAGUCCCCUGUCGACUCCAUGAACACCCUCACGUUGCCGGUCAGGUCCCCUCGACGCCGAAGCAUGGGGGAGGGCGAGUUUGUCCGAGUGGAAGCCAACAGCAAGGAGGACGCCCAGCGCCUGUGGCAGAGGGAGCGGCAGCAUAUGCAGGACACUCUCCGCCAGCAGAAGGAGCAGAUGAUGGAGGAUAAAAAGUGGCUGGCGAAGGAGGAGAGACUCCUGGUGGGAAGCAGAGCGUCAUUAACCUUUUUCAAAACCCUCUCUGUGUCUCUGUGUCCCUCUGAAUUCAAUGUGGCCCUGGAGGCGACGCUGAACGAGGCGUCCUUUGACAGUAUCGACCCGCUCGUUCACUCCCGACGCCCCGCUAGUCUUAAAUUGAAUGUUCCAAUCAUAACAGUUCCAAAGAAGGGGUCCACGUCCAUAUCCUAUAAAAUGAACUUACCUGUUCUUUUGCAGGACCCCAUGGGACCGGAGGACCAUUCCAACCCAGCGUCCCCUGAAGCUGACAGCGAGCAUGCAGUUCCGGAGAAGCCCCCGCGGCUCACAGCACACCCCGCGCCCACCGCUGAGCUGGACCGCUCAGACGACAAAGUGUACCAGUCCGUCAUGGGCCUGGUCAAAGUCGUUGUCCAGCUCAAGAAUGACGUCACCGAGCUGCAGUCGGAACAGUACAUCACCCUCGUCCAGUCCGUUGGGAUGGCUUUACGAGACCUGAUCCGCAGCGUGGAUGACAUACUGCCCACUUUACACGAGUCUGUCAGGACGGAGAUCGAGGGCACCCAGAAGCUGCUGAACAACGACAUGGCGGAGCUGAUCAGCAAGAUGCGGCUAGCCCAGCAGAACGCCAUCACUUCUUUGAAGGAGGAGUGUAAGAAACAGAUGCUGGCUGCAGCACACACUCUGGCUAUGGACAGCAAGAACAUGUUGGACGCUGUCGACCAAGCCAGGGUCAGAGCCAAUUUAGCCAAGCCAGUGGCCCCCUAGUGGCCUGUAAACGUUCUCUCAGUUAGGAAUAACAUUUUCGCACAGCUGUGGUGGAGUUUGGAGUCAAAUGUGUGUUGCCAGGUUUAAAUAUGCUACAAAAAAAAAAAAUCACUGUACGUGUACAACUCGGGAAAAAGUGUAUACAAACCUACAUAGUGUGUAUACUGAGACUGAUGAUGGUCCUUUGGCAUCAUUUUGAAGAUGCCGUCAUUUCAGACAUUGACGCGCGUUUUUAUGUGUGAUUGGUGAGUUAUUUUGAGUCAUUGUCUGCUCAGAAUCUUUGUAAAUACAAAAUGUAUCUUGUGAUAAGUACAAUAGUCUUUACCACAGAGAGAAUGGAAACAAUCAGGUAAAGCGAAUCAAAACACAAGUAAAUGUUUACUCUUUUAACCCUAUCAAAUGUAACCUGACUGAAAAUGUUAAAAAAAAAUGACAAAACCAAAAGGUCCAGUAAACUUUUCAAGUCUUUUUUUUAUACGUAGAGUUCAUAUCUCACUUAAUAUUAUGAGACCACACUGACGAGGACAGUGGAUUGUCAGAUAUGUGUUAAGAUGGACUCUAAACAGUCAGCGGUUUUGGUAUUGUUUGUAACCAUUAUUAUGAAAUAUGAAAUUGUAGCAUGAAAAUCAAUGGCUAUAAAUAAAUAUCAUGACAUGUGCAACAUACAA